AUGAGUAGAACAAUUGGAUCAGACAGUGACGAGACUUUGACGAUACGAGAUGCGAGAGGAAAUGGAUCCAACUAUGGAGCGGUUGCAGACACCAACGACGAUGUGGAAGCGGGACCUCUUGCCAAGACCUCGGAACCUACACCACUGGAUAUGAGCCAGAUACUACUCUUGUGCAUGGCAAGGAUAUCCGAGCCUCUCACCUUUUGCAUUCUCUUCCCGUUUGUACAACAAAUGAUCGUCGACACUGGGGAAGUUUCAGUAGAAAACGUUGGUUAUAGUGUUGGACUUAUCGAGGUUUCAUUUUCCAUUACACAGAGUCUUUCCUUGUUAUAUUGGGCUCGAGCGGCGGACAGAUUUGGUCGUAAACCAGUCCUAAUCGCAUCCCUCUUCGGAGCUUUGGCAUCGACAGCUCUUUUUGGUUUCUGCAAACAUGUAUGGCAAAUGUACGCCUGUAGAUUUUUAGCGGGAGUGUUUGGAGGGAAUGCUAUGGUGAUAAGAACCUUGUUCACUGAGAAUUGCGAUUUUUCAAAUCAAGCUACGGCAUUCGCAUAUUUCGCUUUUGCCGCGAACAUGGGAGCUGUUAUCGGUCCAUCCUUAGGAGGCUUUUUCGCUGAACCAGCGAAACAGUGGCCCAACGUGUUUGGCAGAUGGUCGUUAUUCGUUCAUUAUCCAUACGCUUUGCCUUGUCUGAUCUGCGCUGUCUACAUUUUGUUCUCGAUGAUUUUAUGCGCCGUAUGGCUGAAAGAAACUCGACCAGAAGAAUGUAAUAAUCCUUUACCCGUACGAUCAAUCCUGACACGAAAGAUGGUUGGCAUGCUCGGCGUGUACGGAUGGGGAGUAACCGUAGUCUUCUGCAUAGGAGCUCUGUUCCCCUUAUACCUGUUCACCCCUAUCCCCAUCGGUGGUCAGAGUAAAACGCCACCUCAAAUCGCAUCUUUAGGCGCUGCAAAUGGAUUGUUCCAGGGACUAUGGUUGUUGAUUGCAUUGCCAAGAUUUGACAGAUGGUUAGGUACGAAGAAAACGUUUAUCAUCGUUUCCUCGGUCUUUCCACUGUUUAUGCUUCUUCCAGCUAUGGCGAAUGCUUUUGCUCGAACGGAUCAUUUGCUGCUCUCACAGCUUACUCUUGGGGCUUAUGUUAUCUUUGGUUCUGCUGGAAACAUGACUUUCACAUCUGUUCAGUUGUUACUUAACUCUUGCGCACCUCCAGCUGCGAUCGCGACGGUCAACGGUAUUGCUGUGGCCAUUUGCGGGAUCGUGAAGAGUAUUUUCCCGGCAUUAAUAAACAGUGUAUUCGCUAUUUCAGUAUCCAAGCAAAUAUUGAAAGGAUAUCUCGCUUGGGUGCUAUUGGCGGUGAUGGGUGUAGGCACUUUUGUUUGUGCUCUGUAUGCCCCGGAAGCUUCGGAUGACACAAAAAGCGUGUCAAAGAAUAAGGCGAGGGUUCUGGAAGCUGAAGGGGAAGAGGUCAUGGAAAGCGGUCGUUUCUAG